AUGGCCAGAUCCACCAACAGAACCGCCGAGGACGGGGACCCACGGGUGAGCGCCCCCACGGACCGGGGCGAGCCGCGGGACCUGGCCGAGCCCCGGGAACUGUCUCUGGAGGAGGUGCUGAAGUCGUACGAGCAGCCCAUCAACGAGGAGCAGGCUUGGGCGGUGUGCUACCAGUGCUGCAGCGGGCUCCGGCUGCCCCGCCCGCCGGCCCCGAGGGUCCGCCGGGUGAAGGAGCCGUCCUCCAUCCUCCUGCACCGGGACGGAACCGUGUCGCUGCGGCCGGAGCCCCAACACGACGAUGAAACCGAUGGACCGCCUCCUCCUCCACCUGCGGCAGAGCGACAGCUGGUCCAGUCCCUCGGCGUGGCCAUCUACCGGGCUCUGGACUGGGGCCUGGACGACAGCGAGGAGCGGGAACUGGGCCCCCAGCUGGAGCGGCUCAUCGAGCGCAUGGCCGGAGGCGACCAGAGCGACGGCGGCGCCGCCAACGGGGCGACGGAUGAAGGCUACAGCGGCCAGGAGGAGGAGGAGGAGGAGGAGCAGGAGGAGGUGGUCCGGCCCGUGUGCUCCUUCCACCAGGUGAUGGCGCUGUGUGCGUCCAGGCUGGCCGACCCCGGCCGGGCCCCGGACCACUACCAGGCCGUCUGCAGGGCGCUGUAUGUGGAGACGCUGGAGCUGCAGACCUUCCUGACCAAGAUCAGAGACGCCAAAGAGAUGCUGAAGAAGAUCUCGUCCGAGGAGACUCUGGAGGACAAGUCUUCUGCCGAGCUGGACGCUCUGAAGCACCGGGACUGGGCCCGGCUGUGGGUGCAGCUGAUGAAGGAGCUGCGGCAGGGCGUCAAGCUGAAGAAGGUGCAGGAGCAGAACUUCAACCCGCUGCCCACCGAGUUCAGCCUGACGCCCUUCGAGAUGCUGAUGCAGGACAUCCGAGCCCGAAACUACCAGCUGCGCAAAGUCAUGGUCGAUGGAGACAUCCCCACCAGAGUGAAGAGGAACGCCCACGAGCUGAUCCUGGACUUCAUCCGGUCCAGGCCUCCUCUGAAGCCGGUUUCAGAGCGGAGCCUCCCUCCUCCUCCUCCUCAGCACCAGUCGCUCCACGACCGGGUUCUGGCCGAGAUCAAGCAGGAGAGGAAGCUCCGACCCGUCGACCCGCCCAGCGCCAGACCGUUUGGCUCGCUGCCCUGCCUCGCUCAGACGUGUCCCUGCAAUGUCAAAUCCACGUCCUGCAUCGACCUGUCGGUGGCGGACCCGGACCUCCGGCCGCCGGCCCGACCUCGGAUCCUGCUCAAGGCCCCGACUCUGGCCGAGAUGGAGGAGAUGAACAUAUCUGAGGAGGAGGAGUCUCCAGACAACGGCGAGCUGAGGAGGGCUGAGAGCUCCCCGACGCCCCUGAAGAGGGACCGGUCCUUCUCCGAGCACGACCUGGCCAUGCUCCGCGGAGACAUGCUGCCUUCGCUGUCCGAGGCGACCCAGCUGGGCGGGACGGUCCGGCUGAGGGGCGAGAGGCCCAGGUCCAGGACGCUGACCGGCACCGGGCCGCCGCCUCAUUACAGAGCCUCCUUCCCGGUCCACGGCUGGGUUCCUCCGUCUCCGGCCCGACUCUCCCUGAGCUCCGUGGACGAAACCACCGAGGGAUCCGAGGCCACGUCGACCUCCAGAACCGAGUGGAUGGAGGAGUUCAGUCAUCCCGUGGAGAGUCUGGCUCUGACGGUAGAUGAGGUCAUCAACGUGCGACGAGUUCUGGUCAAAGCGGAGAUGGAGAAGUUCCUCCAGAGCAAAGAGCUUUACAACAACCUGAAGAAAGGAAAGGUGUGCUGCUGCUGCAGAGUCAAGUUCCCUCUGUUCUCGUGGCCGUCCACCUGCCUGCUGUGCAAAAGGUCCGUCUGUGGAUCCUGCAGCGCAAAGAUGAAGAUUCCCUCUAAGAAGAUGGCCCACAUCCCGGUCUACACCGUGGGCUUCCACAGCACCCCGAAGAGCCACGGACACAAGAGCCAGGUCUACAAGUCUCUGCGCAGUCUGUCCCGCCGCUCGGUGGAGGAGGAGUUUCCUCACCUGUACGCUCACGGCUGCACGCUGCGCGACAUCUGCGCCGAGUGCACCAAGUUCGUGGCCGACGUCAUCUCGUCGAGCCGCCGCAGCCUGGACAUCCUGAACAACACGCCCAAGAGGGAGGCCCGGCCCGCUGCUGGCUCUGCUGCUGCUGGUUCUGCUGCUGGUUCUGCUGGUUCUGCUGCUCCUCUGAGGCCUCAGCUGCAGCGUCAGGCCAACCUGGAGGCCUUCCCUCCGCGGCUCCACGCCUCGCCGUCCUCCUCCUCGCCGCCGCCGCACCGCGCCGAGACGAUCAGCGACCAAUGACACUUUACCCAAACCACACUGUGCACACUUUCACAGGACAGUAGGUUCUGUAAGGGUUCUCUGAGGGUUCUCUGAGGGUUCACGCACAGCAGAUGGAUUCCAGACCAGAGUAAACGAACCCAGAGCUUCUCUGACUGCUGCUGGCGGAGCGCUGAUGGUUCUAAACUGUCCUCUGAACCCUGUCCAGUGAGAUCUUAGCACCUCCUCCUCCUCACCCGUCCUCAUCCCCCCCUCACCCACCACAGACGCACAAACGCUCAUUCAGAAGGCCGAGUAAGCAUGACUUCCCCUCAGAGCGGCGGAGGUGGAGGCGGAGGUAGCAUCGAGCCGGCGUUAGCAUCCUAGCUCCCUGUGGUUGCCUUGUUUUGUCAUGAAUGUAACUUAGAGAAUCGUAACAGCUUGUACACAGCGUUUAUGUUCAAUCAUUAGAGGAGGAGCUGCUGCUGCUGCUGCUGCUGCUGCAUUACCAGGAAUCUGAUUUGCUAACUCGUGCUUGUGAAGUGGGCCGGACGAGGCCGGACGGCGGCGGCGACACUGUGAAUGUACCCGGGGUGGAGCUGCACCUUCAGACCCACCAUGGAGCUCCUGCCUCUUCACUCCCCACAGACGCUUCUGCAACCUGCUCUGGUUUUGUAAACACAAAGUAAACCUGAGCUGCAAUAAAACCUGCUGACAGACACGAA